GCGCCGGAGGCUUCUGGGAAGGGCUUGUUGAGCGGCGUUUCUGCGUCUGCCGUGGACAGCGAAGCCGCUGCGGUUCCUGAGCCGGAGGGGUGCCGGUGGAAAAAAAACGGGGAGUUUUCCUGAGUCCUGUGUCCUGCCUUGAUUGGCCUGUAUUGAAGUGUUGUGAUUCAGGAUGUCUGCACAGGCAGUGGAAGAAGAUUCCAUACUUAUCAUCCCACCUCCAGAUGAAGAAGAAAAAAUUCUGAGAGUGAAGUUAGAGGAGGAUCCCGAUGGGGAAGAGGGAUCUAGUAUUCCCUGGAACCAUCUUCCUGAUCCAGAGGUUUUCCGACAGCGAUUCCGGCAGUUUGGAUACCAGGAUUCACCUGGGCCCCGUGAAGCUGUGAGCCAGCUCCGAGAACUUUGUCGUCUGUGGCUCAGGCCAGAGACACACACAAAAGAACAAAUCUUGGAGCUCGUAGUGCUGGAGCAGUUUGUAGCCAUCCUACCCAAGGAACUCCAGACUUGGGUUCGAGAGCAUCAUCCAGAAAAUGGAGAGGAGGCAGUGACGGUGCUGGAGGAUUUGGAGAGUGAGCUUGAUGACCCUGGACAGCCGGUUUCUCUUCGUCGUCGAAAACGGGAAGUACUAGUCGAGGAGAUUGUCUCUCAAGGAGAAGCUCAGGGAUUACCAAGUUCUGAGUUGGAUGCUGUGGAGAACCAGCUCAAGUGGGCAUCCUGGGAGCUCCAUUCCCUAAGGCACUGUGAUGAUGAUGCUAGGACUGAAAACGGAGCUAGCGCUCCAAAGCAGGAGCUUCCUUCCGCAGUAGAAUCUCAUGAUGCCCCCGGCACUCUCAAUAUAGGUGUUCCUCAAAUUUUUAAAUAUGGAGAAGGCUGUUUCCCCAAGGGCAGGUUUGAAAGAAAGAGAAAUCCUUCUCGAAAGAAACAGCAUAUAUGUGAUGAAUGUGGAAAACACUUCAGUCAAGGCUCCGCCCUUAUUCUUCAUCAAAGAAUUCACAGUGGAGAGAAGCCCUAUGGAUGUGUUGAGUGUGGGAAAGCCUUCAGCAGAAGUUCCAUCCUUGUGCAACACCAGAGAGUUCAUACUGGAGAAAAACCCUAUAAAUGUCUUGAAUGUGGGAAAGCCUUUAGCCAGAAUUCUGGGCUUAUUAAUCAUCAGAGAAUCCACACUGGGGAGAAACCUUAUGAAUGUGUUCAGUGUGGGAAAUCCUAUAGUCAAAGCUCAAAUCUUUUUAGACAUCAGAGAAGACACAAUGCGGAAAAACUUCUGAAUGUUGUGAAAGUUUAAGAAAUUAUUAAAAAAAAAAAAAGUCAGCACUCAGGUCUUUUUCUUCAGAAAUGAAGACAAAAUGAAAACCAUGAAAUGAUACAUGAUGGUUUGUUUCCCUACUGACUGACUAUCAGAAAAGCCACUGGGAAAUGUAGAAAAUUUUGACUCACCAUUAUUUUAUCUUGAGCGAAGUGUGUCAUACCUGCCUAGAAACUGAAAUUUUAAACAUAAUUCAGGUGUUAAUACCUAACUCUUCUAUGUGAUAUUUAUACUUUCUAUUAUUUUUCCAAAUAAUUAACUACCUGAUU